CACACACGCCCAUCAGAGAAAUCUGGAGACACAAUUACGCACAAGAGAUCAUGCUGGUGAUGGAGUGCUCGUCCUUUUGCCCUUUCAUCGCCAUUGACAUGGAGUUUCCAGGUUGUCUCGUAUACACGCCCGAGAACGCUCCCGAUUCCGUACGCUACGCCGACAUGAAGGUCACCGUCGACAAUACCCAACCCCUUCAGUUAGGGCUCACCCUGUUCGAUUCCCACUCCAGGAUCUGGGGCUCGUGGCAAGUGAACUUCUCCGGUUUCAGAGAAACAGAGGAUGCCAGUAACGCCGACUCUGUCGCUUUUCUCAGACGAAAGGGCCUAGAUUUCGAGAAGAUGAGAAACCAUGGCGUCCCCAUCGAUUGCUUCUUCCAUGGAUUCCUUCACUCGCUGAUAUUUCAGAGAAAUCUGACAUGGGUCACCUUUCAUGGAAACUUCGAUAUCGCGUAUCUGGUGAAGAUGUUAACUCGAUCGCCAUUGCCGGCAACUUCAAGGGAAUUCGCGGAGAUAGUGGGGAAUUCGCUGGGGACAGUUUACGACGUGAAAACUAUGGCAGGGAGGAUCCACGGACUCGGUGACCGACUCGGACUUGAGAAAGUGGCGAGUCGACUCGGAGCCAUCCGGGUAGGAAGUGCUCAUCAUGCUGGUUCAGACAGCCUUUUGACUGCUUGCUCGCUCAUCCUCAUGGCCCCACUGUGCAAUAGUCUCUCCGAACUCGAGGGACUCGUAUACGGAAUCAGUCCUAGAAUCGUGUCGAGACGUCCAGUUAUUUUAGGAUACAUGAUCGGUUAG